AUGCUCAUCACCAAAAUCAUCGCCAUUGUAGCUAUCACAGUUACCAAUGUCGCUGCUAUCGCGAACAUCGACCAGACCGUUUCCAACAUCCACGAAAUUACCCAUAAGCUAAGGGUCGCCAAGCGUGCUAUCCAGCAUUUCAACGGCGGCGUCCCGAGCGCGUUAAGAAUCGCCAAUGCCGUCUUUCAAGCCCAUAAAGCCUCGGAAACUGCACGAAAUCACAUAGGGUCCUCAGACCCAUUCUCGGGCCCCGAUGGCGAGCAAACAAUGGGCGCAUACAAUGAAAUGUACCCGGUACUAAUGGCUACUCUACAAGCUGGACAGGAUAAGGCUCCUCAGAUCAAGAAAUCUGGAUUUGGUUAUAUUUCUCGCGGUAUGAUGCAUAGCUUGUAUUUGGAGAAGGGUCAAUUUGAGCAAGUGAUGCGCGGGCAAUUGUCUAGGAACCACACCCAGAUGCUGGAGCCGUCGAUUGACGAUGUGGAUGCAGAGUUCAAGAGGACUCUCGAGGCUUUUGACAACUGA